CCCAUAAUGCCACUUACGCCAUCAAAGCGUGUAAGCGUUUCUGCCAUGCGAGUGGGACCCUCAACUGUGACUGGCUGCUUUCGCAAUUUCUCUGCGAGGAACACACCUCCCGACGAUCUCGUAGCUGUCGACGGGCGUCAUGGCAGGGCUCAGUCCCGCUCGGGCAGCCUCCCGGGGCUCCACGCCCAACUUCUACGCUAGCUACGACGUCUGGGAUUGUUGGUCUUGUUCCAAAUAUACACAUACGCAGAAUCGCUAUGUUUUUGAGGCUUGUAGCGACAGUGGAAGAAUCCAAUGAUGCGGGAACAUCAAACCCCCACUGAUGAGAUGGAAUCGACGCACCCCAUCAGAGAGAGCGAUACAUGCGUUGACCAUACUCUCGUUGAGAAGCCAUCCAGAGACGACAAACCAUGCGAUUCAGACAUACCUACAACGAAUACUCAUGGCGCAUCCCCUUCGCCCACCGUGAAAGAGGACGACGACGAUGACAAUAGCGACGCAGCAUCCAUUGGCGGCCAAAGGAACACCAUGACAUCGACACAACUUCGAAUCGCAAUCCCCGCACUAUCAGUCUGUCUCUUCGUUUCAUUCAUCGACCAAACCAGCGUCUCAACAGCAACACCCGCGAUCGCUGUGGAUCUGAACACCGGAACUGCAACAUCAUGGAUCGGUACAUCGUUCCUAAUCGCAUCGACGGCGUUCCAGCUGAUCAAUGGCCGUUUGUCGGAUAUUUUUGGUCGCAAGAAUCUCUUGCUGAUCAGUCUUAUGUUGAUGGCUCUGGGCGACCUUGGGUGUGGCUUCGCGAAGACGGCAGUGCAGCUAUUCGUUCUCCGUGCCAUCGCUGGUAUCGGAGGUGGCGGUAUCAACAGUCUUGUCAUGAUCAUCGUUAGCGAUAUCACAACGUUGCAGAAUCGGGGCAAAUACCAAGGAUGGCUGGGUGCAGUAAUUGCCUUGGGAAAUGGUGCAGGACCUUUUCUCGGAGGUGCUAUCGUUGAAGGUGCGACUUGGAGGUGGGUAUUUUGGAUAAUACCCAUCAUGACUGUACCCACCUCCAUGGUCAUACUGUUCUUUUUGCCGCUCAAGCAUCGUUCUGGAGACUACCUUGCAAAGGUCAAGAAGAUUGACUACGGUGGCAUGGUACUGAACAUUGCAUCCACGUUACUCCUGCUCAUCCCCUUGUCAGGAGGUGGUGUGACGUAUGCAUGGGCGUCGCCCUUCUUCAUCGCCUGCACUAUCACCGGCGCAGUGCUAGGUGUACUAUUCGUGCUUCACCAAUGGAAACUCGUCGCUCUCCCGAUCAUGCCGCUUCGAUUAUACCGUGCACCACACUGUUGGGCAUUAUACCUACAGACGUUUCUCAUCGGGCUUGCAUACUUCGGAAAUUUCUUCUACCUUCCGAUCUACUUCCAAUCAGUCCUCAGGUACUCGCCCCUGGUCUCAGGUGCUUUAAUUUUACCAGUAGUUAUCACGACGUCUUUCACUUCCAUUGCAUCUGGUCAGUACAUGAACAGAGUCGCCAGCUACAUGCACUGCAUCCUGGCUGGAUUUGCUCUCUGGACUCUUGGAAAUGGCCUCACCCUACUAUUCGACCGAGACACGGGUCUCGCCGUAUUGAUAGUCGUACUCAUCAUAGAGGGUGCCGGUAUUGGUCUGACGCUUCAGCCAACGCUUGUGGGCAUGUACGCCAAUAGUCGUAAUGAGGACCGCGCUGUAACAACUGGGUUACGAAACUUCAUCCGCACUAUCGGUGGUGCUUUUGGUCUUGUUAUCUCGGGAGUUAUCCUUUCGAAUACGCUCAGCAGAGAUUUGUCCAAGCAGCCCUUUGUCUCGGAUACCCUGAUGGCCCAGCUGACUUCCUCAACGUAUGACCUCGAUCAGUUUGGUCUCUCUCCAGGCCAGAAAGAAGAGGUUUUUGAUACAUAUAUGCUUGGUCUGCAUUACAUCUUCAUCUUUUUCACAGUGUGCUCAGGUCUGGGUCUCGCUCUGACAUUCUGGGUUGGAAACACCAGCUUGAAAGCGCCGAAAAAGCCGGACGAAGAAGGCGCGCAGGCGAUAGUCUCGCAGAACGAACCUCAGCAACAAGUUAUCCAGGGUCAAGAAGUCGCAUCCGAAAGAGAGGUUUUUGAUGAGAAAAGGCCAAUAACAGGAGAGGCCGACGUAGAGCGCAACGUUCACACAAAAUGAGCGGUCAUACAGCACAUCAUCAGAGCUCACGGACAUCUUCGCAAGAUAUUCGUUCGGGCCUUGUGGAUAUGUAAAAAUUAAAAGUCUCGUAGACAUAAUUUAUCAAAGUUUCGUAGCGUGCAGCAUAUUCACCCGAGGGGAGGGGAGGAUCUCGUAGACAAUAGCCAUCAGACUGUUCAACUAUCAAAGCAAUCCAUAC